CUUACAAAAAAAGUUUACAUUGCUGCACAUAACCUUUACAAAAAAGACAGGAUUCUAACAUAGUUAAUAUUUGAAGAACAAACAUUUUUAAGCACCUUCAUGAAAUAGCACCUUAGUACAUAUCAAAUCAUGUCCUGAGAGGUCAAAGCGCAAAAGGAGAAUGUUGGUCAUUCGAGUUAACAUGAACUGUUUAUACUGUAGAAGCAAAUCCUACUGAACAUCUCAACAUUGUUAAAAAAAACAAACAAACAAAAAAAACAAAUGUUACCAUUUAUCAUUGCACAUGAAUUCAUGUACAGUGAUUCAAAAGAUGUAAUGAGACAGGAAGUUAAAUGAUAAGUGGCCUAAGGGGAUUGGUCAAAAUACAGUUGAGUUGCAGUGAUUGGGUCAGAAAAGAAGAAAAUACAAGAAACAUUAAGGCGACUCGUCAGAUGCAUGUAAAAGUUGCGAUGACUGGUGAAAAUUGCAAGUCUGCAAGAAAUUUGUGAAUGAUGAGUGAAUUUGCAUUGAAUUUGCAACCAUGUAAGGAACACAGUGGGACCAUGGAUAAUCUGUACUGAGUUUUAAAGGGUGUUCUGGUACGUGGGUAGUACAUAACAUUCAGUAAUGUACUAAUCAGACAUGAAAGGUUCCCAAGGUUAGGAAUGGAAGCCCAGACGGAUCCAUGGAGGACUAUCUGGAUCACCAGCUCUACCACCAAGUGUUUUAAGCAUGCAGUGAUCUGCUGCAGCUGCAGGUUGUGGUGGUUCAUCAUCGUUACCAUCUGCACUGAGAUGGUAAGCAUGAGUGAGACUGGCAUAGCAUGCACGGCACGGAAAUUAAAAACAGGAGUCCACUUGUGAUGGCUAUGGUGAUAGUUUUAUGCUAGAGUUGGGAUUUCUUCUAUGGCCAGCUUCAACCUGCGACUGUUUGUCUCCACAGGAAAAAACAACAAAAAAAGCCCUAGUACAAAAACUCUAACUCAUAGAAAAUGGUUUAUGUACAUAAAAUGGCAACAGGUAGUAAAUGUGGAAUCAUGAGCCAUGUUUUACCUGCACUCACAUUUGCCAGAACAAAUUUUCAAACAAGUGGAAUUUCAGUAAUUUUCUCACACAAAUGUGUCUCUAUAGUCCACAAUUGAAGGAGUACAAAUGAACUGAAUACAAAUAAUUAGAGCUGAUGAAAGCAUUAAUAAACAACAUAUGCGUUUUAUCCUUUGGCUUACUAAGACCACACACUAAACUAUGAUGUCAAAAAACAACCAAAGUAAGACAUUCUAAACCAUCAUGUCAAAAAGAAACCAAAGAGGAACCAAAUGAGAAAACAUCUUCACAAUGUUUUCUCAUUGUGAAGAUAAGAAAACAACUGGACUUCCUUAUAAAAAAAAUGCCUUUAAACCAUCUGAAGCUAUAAGCUACUUUGAAGAAGCCCGUGCUAAUUGAUUUGAUGACCAGUUAUUAAAACCAAAAAACAAAGCUGGAAAUUUAAGUCUGGUUUAUCUUUAAUGAGAGAAAAGAACUGAAUUCUAACACAGAGUGAUUGUCACGUUGGGACAGAGAGAAAAAGAAAAGAUGACAACCUGAACGUCUGUGUUUGAAUCCGGCUGUAGUAUGUAAAUGAAUGCCUUUGGAAAUGGGACUGGGAAUAUCAGCUCCACCACACGCACGCAGACACGCACGCACGCACGUACACACACACACACACACACACACACACACACACACACACACACACACACACACACACACACACACACACACACACACACAUGGAAGCAUGCACAAAGAGCCGGUCCCUCCUCCCAGCCUGGAAACCUGUUCUGGAGGGAGUGACUUGAUCCAGGCGGCGUCCAAUUAUAUGGAAACAGCACUUAUUCCACUUUAUUCCACGCUACAGUUAAGUGGCUUGAAGCCUUCAGAGACGCACAGGCGGGCGGUAUAAAGCGGAGCAGCAGGCAGAGAGACGCUCCCCAUGUGACAUGUGCAGGAAAAGCUGCAGACAAAGGUAGAAGUCUCUCCGCACGCCGAGUGAUGCGGAGACAGAGGAUGCUCCAAAUCAAAUCCACGAGGAGCUCUCUGGGUUUUUCUUGGUUUUUUUGUUUUGUUUUUUUUUCUUUCCCUCGUCUGGAAAAUCCUCGGCUCAACAUAAAUGAUUCAUGAGAGCGCGCUUCUGUUUCUGAGAGAGUAAUAGUGAGUUUCAGCUGAAGACAGGCAACCUGCGGGAAGGCAGGGCCAGAAUCUCGGAGAGUCAGUUCAUCUGGGAGAGUUUGAUCAGGAGAUCAACUGUUGCUCCGCGCGGAUGUCUGACCGCCGCCUGGUCCUGGACGGGCCAGCUGGGAUGGAACAGAGGCGGAUUUUGCUCCUGAUGCGCCGGAUACACCUUUAUCUGUCCUGAUGUGAUGCCACAUUGUUGCACUGAGGGGAAUGAGAACAUCCCACACCGCGGCCGGCUGCUUUCCACGCUUCAUCCUCUCUGUGUGUGACACACCAUAAUCUGCCCUCUCCAGGGAGCGCGUUUGGACACUCUGACCCUCAAAAAGAGGCGCAAAAGCGGAAAGCCUCGCGUUAAAGUGACCUUGCCGGGUCCGGCGGCGGGGAUCAUCAUGCUGAUGAUGAUGGAGACCAGCGGCAUGGACGCGCAUCAGGUUGAUAUCGAUUCGGACUUCGAGCCGCAUGCUCGGUCGCGGUCGUGCACCUGGCCGCUCCCGCCGUGUCCCGAGGGCUUCCCCGGGGCAGAGGAGGCGAGCCGCGGGGGUCUGGCUCUAGCGACAGUAAAAGCGGAGCGCUACGACGUGCCGGCGUGCCGGGCCGACAGGAAAGGCGGCGCGCCGGCGGAGAUCAAGCACCCGGCCGGCGCCCCGGCUCCGGUCGUGGCCGCUCCCGCUUGCAUGUCCGGAGCUGCCCUCGACGUGGCCGGCCAGCUGCGCAAAGCCAAGUCGUCACGCAGGAACGCGUGGGGAAACCUGUCUUAUGCGGACCUCAUCACCCGCGCCAUCGAGAGCGCACCGGAGAAGAGGCUCACCCUGUCCCAGAUCUACGACUGGAUGGUUCGCUUUGUUCCUUAUUUUAAAGAUAAAGGCGACAGCAACAGCUCGGCUGGAUGGAAGAAUUCAAUCAGACACAACCUGUCACUGCACAGUCGUUUCAUCCGAGUGCAAAAUGAAGGGACGGGAAAGAGCUCAUGGUGGAUGCUAAACCCAGAAGGAGGGAAGAUGGGUAAGGGACCCAGACGGCGCGCGUCAUCUAUAGAGAACGGGACACGCUACUUGAAGACAAAAGGACGCACGAGUCGAAAAAGAGCAGGGACCAUAGGCCUGGGACGGGGACAAGUUCAGGGAGCUGGUCCAACCAUGCAGAGCUCCCCAGAGCAUGGCAGUCCAGCGGGGAAAGGAGGCGUCAUGAUCAGCGGUGAAGAGUAUGACACUUGGACAGACCUGCAUUCCCGCACCUCAUCUUCUGCCUCCACGCUGAGUGGCUGCCUCUCCCCAAUCCUUGCAGAAGCGGAAGCUGAUGAACCCGAGGAGGGUGGUCUAUCUUGUUCAGCUUCCCCUCGGAUAUACCCUAGUCCAACAAGCACCCGCUCACCGGCAUUGGGCACUGGGAGCCACUGCCCCAACGUGGAACUGCCUCAGCUGACUGACCUGACUGGAGCUAUUAGUCUAGAUGAGAGGAGCUACUCCCAGCAACAGCAAAUCAAGUGCAAUGGUUAUCCCUUUGUGCCUGUGCCAAAACCGGAAGGAUCCUAUUGUGGACCAAUUUAUGGGCAGUCUUCCAUGUGUAUGUUGCGGCACCACACUCCAAUGGAGACCAUUCAGGAGAACAAGCCAGUUAACUUUCAGCACCCAAUAAGGGGCUAUUCAGAGAACAAUGCUUUGCAAAGUCUUCUUACGGGAGGUCCUUACUGCAACAAAGACAUUGUGCUGGGUCAGGGACGUGAAACGCAUGCACUGUUGACACAGGGGACUAGUGUUCACAGCCAGCACAACCACAAUCAGAAUCCCAGUCACAAUCAAAACCAUAGCAACAGCCAAGAGCAUGCUCUCAAUCCCAGUCUACGUAACGGCCACGGCUCAGUCCAUGACCAGAACACAGCUCACCAUCAAAACCACAAUCAGGGUCAUAAACACCAAGCCAGCCUUGACUACAGCCACAGUCACAAGCCCCAUAUUGCCCAUGAGUAUGGUCAGAGUCAUGAGCACAGUCACAGAAGCAAAGUGAAUUCCAACCACGACCACAACCCUCAUUCUAGUCAAAGUCACCUGCACAACCACACACCCCCAAACCCUCAUAACCCUAUGCAUAGUGGGCCUCACCAUCAGGCUCUGUCUCCUCGGGUGAUCACUGACAUCCUGCAGCCCUACAGUCUUAAGAACUCUAACCACUAUGGGCCACGCCCCCACCUCCCAACAUCUCCUUCUCUGCCCUCAAACCCUGCAGGCAUCCUGGAUGUUCCUCAGGACCCCUGUCGUCUUGCUUCUGCCCCUCAUCCCCGACACCAGUCCUACCCCAGAGCUCACCAUCAGGCCAUGGCUGAAUCUUGGCAAGCCUAUUAUCACAACAACCACAAUCACCAACCAGGGAAUUCGGCAUAUCAGGGACAAGUGCACAGCUCACACAACAGAAUGGCUGCCCAAUUGGAAAUGGAAAAUGCCCCCAACAGUCUAGACUGUGAUGUGGACCCGAUCCUGCUUAGUGAUUUCAUGGACACAGAUAAUGUGGACUUCAACUUUGAUGGUUCUCUUUCCCAUGGGGUGGGCAUGGGGAUGGGCAUGACUUUAGGGGCUUUUUCUUGUCCUCCACCAGCUCAUAGUCACCAGAGUUGGGUGCCUGGGUGAACUUGGAUCUGAGGGGUUUGAAUAGACCAUAAAAGUCACCCACUGGGCAGGGCUCUGGGUCGACUGUAUCCUUGGACUGAUUAGCUAUGAUUCAGUUUUUUUUGUUUUUUUUUCCAGGCAUAUUGUCAUUUUAUUUCCUGGGGACUCUCAUACGGUAUUUUUUUCUCCCUCCUUCUCCGUGUUUAUGAAGCUUUCUGUCUCCAUGUUGAACUUGCUUCCAAUGAGCCCAGUGGUAAAAUCUGCCCCUCUCCCAGUUUAUGCCCUGCAGUUUUUUUUCUCUCUCUCUCUUUAAUCAUCCUCUUUGUCCUUGGCUCUCAAGCACUUUACAGCCAUCUUUUCAUACAGAUGCAGUAACUCAAAUACCAGACAAAGUCAUGUUGUAUGUUCACUUUUAAUGUAUGCAAUCCACUUAGUAUUAUCUCCACCUACAAAGAAUUUGUUGUUCCUGACAUAAGAACAUGAUCAAACAGCUGCAUACAUUUCCUCAGUGCCGAGGUGCUCAUAGAUUGGAAGGUAAAGGGCAGGGGGUGGAGUGUUGUGGCUGCCAGGUUU